AUGGCUACAAAAUCUUGUCAGGGUUUGCCUGCUGAACUUGCUGCCAGGCAGGUUGUGAAGGAAGCAUUAAGGAAUAGAGGUUUAAAGGACGAUACAACUUGUAUAGUAAUUGACAUAAUUCCCCCUGAUAAUGCAAUGCCACCGCCUCCUCCCCCAAAAAAGCAGAAUAAAUUGAGAGCUUUACUGUUCAGGAAAUCCAGUGAUUCCGCUAGUAUGCUAGCAAAGAAGCUUUCAACUGUUCAUAUAGUAGAGGAACUGUUUGAAGAAGGAUCAGCCAUGCUUGCUGAAAGGUUAGGGAAUGAUGGGAAUUCAGGGGAAUCAACCUCUGGGAUUUUUGUGUGCGCAGUGUACGAGAUAGAUCUUGCUUCAAGUGAAGGCAUAUCUCUCCAUGCUGGCUCCAUUUUCUCCACCACCUCUAAGCCUUGGCAAGGCCCUUUUCAUUGUGCUGACUGUCACAAUAAGAAGGAAGCGUCCUAG